AUGUCGACCGACCCGAAGCUCGAUGACCUACACAAACAGCUCUUUGAUGAGGGGUUGAAGAUGAGACGAAGUGUGGUGGGGGAUGAAUACGUCAAUCGCGCACUGGAGAAUGGCUCCACCGAGUUCUCACGAGCCGGGCAGGAGCUCGUCACCGAGAUGUGCUGGGGAUACGCUUGGACGCGUCCAGGUCUUGACAAGAAGCAGAGAAGUCUCAUCAACAUCGGCAUGCUUAUGGCGCUCAAUCGCGCUCCUGAGCUCGCCGUGCAUGUUCGCGGGGCAAGAAACAACGGCUUGUCUGAGCUCGAAAUCCGUGAGGCCAUCAUUCACGCAACAACAUACUGCGGGGUGCCAGCCGGUGUCGACGCCAUGAAAACAGCUGAGAAGGUCUUAAACGACAUGGCGGAGAAAGGAGAAAUGCCGCGAGAAUUGGGCAACAGGAGCGAAAGGGCUUCUUUCCCCACAAUCCCACAACUCUUCUCCGACCUUGCCAAACACCACUGGGAGUCUCCAAACUUCAUCUGGCUUUUCAAGCUGCUCCAAAAUCUGGGUAUCACUUACCAAGUCUGUCGCGAUUGGGCCUUGCGUGAGUGGGAGAGGUGCCAUUGGUCUUUGAUGGAAGCCGCUACCAGUAAAGAGCAAGUCCCGCAAGCUCAGCCUGGGAAGAAGGAAAAGCGUUUCCAAUGUCCACACUGCCAACGGGCCUUCGCUAGGCUCGAACAUCUGCAGCGGCACGAGCGCAUUCAUAGCGGUGUGAAGCCCUUCAGCUGCUCAGAAUGCAAAUAUUCAUUCACACGCAGUGACUUGCUCGUCCGCCAUGAGCGACUCACUCAUCGAAAAGAGCAGACUAUUCAGCAGAACCAUCAUCACACCCCGGCUGAAAGUACCUACGGCUCGGUCGAACCUCGGCCACACAAGCGUAUGCGGUCAAGUUUCGAUGCUGGACGUCCAGUGCCAGAGAUACCCAGCAUGAUGUCCUCGCCUGCCGUCUUGGAUAUGCAAUCGUCUCAACAUCAACCGGCAAUGUCACAUGCCUCUAUGACCUUCGGGCAGAAUAGCGGUUACUCUUUGACAGCGCUUUCAAUGGCUGCCGAGUAUCAAGCUCUACAAGGUGACAUGGCAAAUCGCUCAUCUCAUGAUGCAAUGCAAACACCGAUGCCUUCACAUACUGGAACUAUCGCUCCAACGGUGGAAGUUCCACACCCAACAAUUCUUACAGAGCCUUCUGGCCAGAGCUACGAGUCGACAUUUGGCGAGUCGCUUGACAGUCUCACUUCAUUUCUUGAUAGUGAACCCCUGAAUUCGUACCAUUUCGCAUCUCUGAUCAAUACUGAACAGCCCAUGCCGUUCUUCUCGCCAGACUCUUUUGGCUACGGUCAGCAGGUGUUGACUGAGCCAGAUAGAACAACAGCGCCCACACCUGGUUGGAGAUCUACUCAAUUGGACGAGCCACCUUCGCUUUCACGAUUUGGUUCCCGAUUCCCUUCUUUGCAGCCCGAGGAUCAACCUGCGCGCAAACGAUCAUUCGCCGAUAUUUCACACGAAGAUCGGCAAAGAAUAAUCGAGAUGCUUCAUCAGUUCUCCACCAUCAUACCCGGCGACUUUGUUCUACCGACCCGAUUAGCAUUGUGCCGAUAUAUUGCUGCGUAUAUCAAUGGAUUUCACGAGCACAUGCCCUUUCUUCACAUUCCCACUAUGUCAGUGGAGACAUGUUCGAUUGAGUUACUACUGGCAUUGGCAGCUAUCGGUGCACAAUACACCUUCGAGGGCGAAAAAGGUGUUGAGCUGUUCAACGUAAGCAAAGCAAUUGCGACGCACCGUAUUAGGAAGCGGGAUACGCGUUUGGUGCAGCUUCAAUAUCAUUCAGAGUCAGAUCGCUCGUCGCCACAGAACCACUACAAUGAUGCGCAUAGUCUCCAUCGGAACGGCUCCGUCUCGGGACCGUUGGGUUUGCCAUCUGAUAUCGAUGGCCCUGUUCUUGGCGAAGAUCUCAUGCAAACGGCGCAAGCUCUACUCUUGCUCAUGGCGUUAUGUACCUGGGCCAAGCACAAAGAAAUCCUCAGAGAAGCGCUCGCGAUUCAGAGUAUUUUAGCUACGCUUAUUCGAGAUGACGGGCUAGAGACUGAGCCUCUUCAAGAGAACAUAUCCUGGCCGGAUUGGGUCAGGCGCGAAACGAUCAAGAGGACCAAGUUCAUCGUCUAUGGCUUCUCCAACCUACAUUGCAUCGUCUACAAUAUUCCUCCCUUCAUGCUAACCAGCGAAGUAAAACUGCCAUUGCCGUGCAGUUCAGCAGAAUUCAAGGCGCCCACAGAAGUAUUGUGGAGGGAAGCGAGGAAGAAAAGUGCGCCAGAAGUUUUGUUCCAGGAUGCACUAAAACGGUUAUUUACAAAAGAAGGUCGGGAUGUUACAGAGUGCAACUCUUCAUCUGGAAACUACGCCCUGAUACAUGCUUUGAUACAGCACGUUUUCUUCCUACGACAAGUGGCACGCUGUCGCUUUGAAGGGCCUGGUGAUCUCAGUACAGAGGACGUUGCGUCACUCGAGAAUGCUUUGCGAAAUUGGCAGAUCGGGUGGCGCCAAAACCCCGAAUCGUCACUAGAUCCAAUGUCUCAAAACGGUCCCGUUGCUUUCAACUCGACUGCGCUACUCCGCCUGGCAUAUAUACGUCUGUAUGUGGAUACGGCAGGUCGAGCUCUAGAGACACGGGACCCUAUGCUAAUUGCUAAUGCCUUCCGCGCCGGACCUGCGAUAAGACGCUCACCGAAGAUCAUAAGAGCCGUGCUGCACUCGGCUCAUGCACUCUCCAUACCCAUCAAGAUUGGAUAUCGUCUUGUGGCCAAGACGCAGUCUUUCAUCUGGAGCAUUCAACACUCUUUGUGUACGCUUGAGUGCGCCUACCUCAUGAGUAAGUGGCUUGAAGCAUUAUCAAUACGAGAAGCAGACCCGCCGGUCACGGAUGACGAGCACAAGAUCAUUGCAAUUGUCAAGAGCAUGUUAGACGAGACUGAGUUUGCCGUACCAGCCGACAUUACACCCGACUCGCCCAAUUUCACGCGACAUCUUAGCGCUGGGGUGCUCAGGGUCUGGGCGACGAUCUUCAAAGGAUCUCAAACAUGGGCCAUUGUUGAUGUGAUUGGAAGCUCUCUCAACCUGUACGCUGAUAUGCUUGAGUCUGGAUGA